AUGUCCAGCGCUGUUUGGAGCUCAUUCAGGCAGAAGAGGCCCGGGAGCGAGACUGCACGGCCCGAGAGCAAGGCGGGGUCCGGCACCAAGCCCGCUGCAGCACCCAGCAUCGAGAGCCUCGAUGCCGAGGAGGUGGAGGCCCUCCUCCGCCAAUUCGACAUGACCUCCAAGUAUGGGCCGAGCAUGGGGGUGACACGAUUAGAAAGGUGGGAGAGGGCUGUUGACCUGAAGCUGAACCCCCCAAAGGAAGUCAAGGAGCUCCUAGACCUCCCAACCUCUAAUCCAAAGAGCUGCUUCGACUGGUGA